AUGUCGCAGCUGCUUAAGCUUAGUAAGCUCGCGCCACGCUUUUGCCGUUUGAUGCACAAGACGCGUCUAUUAUCGCUUAGCGCAUUGCAGCUCCAGAAUCUUAAGGAUGAACCGACGCCGCAACGAGUUGAAGUCUUGUCUGUUCCGGAAAACUUAAGCCAAACGCAACGCAACUUAUUGGAAUUUGUUACCGCCGAGAUUAUUGAGGAGCGUCGUGUGCAGCUGCAGCUCGAACAGCCAUAUGUCAUUGAUGGCUUUACCGGCCAUUUCUCCGGGUCAAAGGUGGAGCUAGUGCGUGAAACACCACAAGAGCGCAUUAAUAUUUUCUUUAAUGUGAGCAAAAGUGUGCCACGUCGAUGCGAUGAGUCCGGUGACCUGAGUCCAGUGCGCAGCGUGCCCAAAUUUGAGGUGUUAAUUCGCCGCAAUGAUUUGCUGCUCUCCAUAUUCUGUGUCUAUAAGCCAGCCGCCUUUGGUGAAACGGAUGGAGAAGGGGAUGCUGACGACGUUGUCUUUGAGAUACAGGACUUAUCGCUCUAUAAGAAUGGCUGGAAUGAUAGCUGCUUUACCAUUGAUGCCUCUUUGAUUGAUGAUAACUUGCAGAGCAUGUUAUUGCAUGUGCUGGAGGAGAAGGGUAUUACCCAGGAGUUUGCCAGAAGACUCUCUGAUAUGGCCACAGCGCAUGAGCAUGCCUUGUAUAUAGAAUUCUUAGAGAAUUUAUCGAAGUUCACCGUGGGCUUGCCACCGCCUCUCAAAGCGGACAAUUAA